GGCGUGCCAGUCGGGUUUCUGCGCUUGCCGGUAUAAGUAGUGUGUAACUCUCGGCUCGAGUUCACGAAAAUUUUAAAAAUUAUUUUACUUAUUAAUUAAAAUAGUGUAGUUGUAAUUUGAAUUGCUUUUGUAAAAAGUGUAAGCUAAUUUUAGUGUACUGUCUAGUUUUGUUUUGUGGGUUUCAUAAGUUAAGUGCUUUAAAAUACUAAUUUGACGUUCGAGUCAUUCCAAAUAUGGCCAAGACAGAGAAGUCCUUUCCGAGAAACUUUACAGGUUGUCUAACAUGCGUGCAAGUGCUGAACAUCAUGGUACUCCUCGGCUUCAUGCUGAACUACGCGUUGCGUGUGAACCUCACAAUCGCCAUCGUCGAGAUGAUCUACGACACAAAGAACCACACAGUUGCCAACCUCACAGAACACAUCAAUGGCACAGUGGAGCACCCAGGUCAUAUAGAACAGACGAGGUAUCACUGGGACACAAAACAGAAGAACCUCCUGCUGGGAUCCUUCUUCUGGGGAUACGUGCUCACAGAAUUGCCAGGUGGUCGACUAGCAGAGGUUAUAGGAGCUCGCCGGGUGUUCGGCUACAGCACUCUCCUGGCCAGCGUCCUCACUCUGCUAUCUCCCGGAGCCGCAGCACUCGGUUUCGGGUGGAUAGUGGCUCUCAGAGUAGUCCUCGGCUUCCUUCUCGGAGCCACAUGGCCUGCUAUCCUUCCCAUGGCGUCAAAAUGGAUCCCGCCGAUGGAUAGAUCCAAAUUCAUGUCUAAUAUGAUGGCAUCCUCUCUCGGUGCUGCCAUGACGAUGCCGAUUUGCGGUUUCCUCAUAGCGCACUUUGGAUGGGAAUCUGCUUUCUAUUUCACUGGUAUAAUCGGCGUGAUGUGGUCGGUGGCAUGGUUCGCAGUGGUGUACGACACUCCGGCGCAGCACCCUCGCAUCUCUGACACGGAGCGAAACUUUCUGAUGAAGGCACUGCCUCAAGACACUAACAAAGGCCACAUGCCAGUACCUUGGCGAAGCAUGCUAACGUCACCGCCAGUAUGGGCUAUCGUGAUAACGCACGGCGCCUCUGUGUUCGGCUACUUCACAGUCGUCAACCAGCUUCCCACGUACAUCGAGAGCAUCCUCCACUAUGAUAUCAAACACAACGGUCUCCUGUCAUCUCUGCCAUACCUGGGAAAAUAUCUGUGUGCGCUCGCAUCAUCAGUGUUGGCUGACUCCCUGCGUCGCAGCGGCCGCCUCUCCACAACUGCAGCUAGGAAACUCUUCACCGGCUUUGCUGUCGGAUUACCCGGUAUCAUGAUGCUGGUGCAAGCAUUCUACGGCCACGACAGGGUGUGGUCCAUCGCCAUUUUCACGCUGGCCCUUACCAUUAAUGGCGCAGUGACGGCCGGUUACCUUGGCAACGGACUGGACAUCGCGCCUAAGUUCAGCGGCACGAUCUUCGGUAUCGCAAACACAUUAUCUUCCUUCGGCGGCUGGCUUUCCACUUUCAUGGUCGGCGAACUGACUAAGCAUGACAAAACCUACGUUCAAUGGCAGAAGGUAUUCUUCAUACUAGCAGGCACAUAUGUCUUCGGAGCCCUCACUUUUGUGAUAUUCGGCUCCGGUGAGCUACAGCCUUGGGGCACGCGCCCCGAGCCGCAGGAGAAGAAGGAAGAGGAACCGCUCAAUGAUCAGAAAGUGUAAGGAGUGAAAGGAAACUGAAUGAUAAGUGAGAGGAAAGUGAAUGAAAAGUGAAAUGAAAGUUAAAGAUGCUAUACCGAACUACAGGAAAAAUCGAUUAUCGAUCGAAUAUGUACAGGUUGUUAGAUUUUAUACAAAAAAAAACUUGGUACUAUGCAAUAUUGCAUUUUCGAACUGAUUUUACAAUUUAUAUAAAUUUUUUAGCCAAUUGAUAAAAAUGUUAUAGUGGUGCCAUGGUUGUACACAAACGAAAUUUUCUGUUGUGAGUAGGUACUGUUAUAUUAUGGUAUGGUAUCUCCUAUUCAAAUAAUAGCAGACGUAGUUUUGCUCCUACUGCUAACUUCAAACCCAAUUAGUUAUGUGUUACCAACGUUGCGUGUAAUUCUGUUGUACACAAUCUCUCAACCAACCGUCCAGCGAUGGGCGAAAGUGUACCAAUAUAAUGUAAUUUAUCGAUUUUUUUGUAUGGCGAAUUUACAAAUUUGUACUAGGCAUAAAGACCCAUCUACAAAAACACCAAGCUUGCUAUACGCAUAGUUGGCUCGACAAAGUUGGUAGAAUGCGAAAUGAUAUGUAGAGGAAUGUUCGACGAAAUACCGUUCGGUCGACCUGCACUUAUUCAUAUUAUGUACUUAGUAGGUUUGGCGUUAGGCUGACCGCGUAUUACUAGAAAUUGUCUGUUAGAAAAUUUUCUGUUGCACUCAUACUGCGAACAUAAGAAAUGUAUGGCUGAUCUGGCAAAAUUCUGCCAGUCUUUGGGGUCCAGUGCAAAAUGUAUAAACGGAGUGACUUCGGUGCACACCAGGAUUUUUUCGACAGGCAAUUUUUGGUAUUAUACAUAUAGCCAGCCUUAAGCGAGGGGAGGAAACCAAUGAAAAUGCGCUAAAAUCUGAACAGUUUCAAUGAACUCGUGCAGAUUCGCCGAUCAAGCGAGCUGGGUCGAUUUUGUUGUUCAAUAAAAAUUUCUGAAUCGAAUGUGCCGAGCCGAUUAUGUGUGUAGCAACACUUAGAAAUUUAUUAGGGUCUGACUAGCCUUUAUACUAGAGAGGUCUAGAGAUAGCAUUAAGCUAAAAGCACAUACCAUUCGAAUAUUUACAGACUGAUUACAAUUGUUGCUAAUUUAUAUAUUAAUAGCAUAAAUAAAUAAAUAGCGGAAUUUCGGUUCAUUCGUUUUUAAAGAGUUAAAAACAUUGAACCAAUGUUGUUUUAAGUUUGUGUAACGAAUUAGGGUGGAAACACAUUUACAAUCCACGAUUUUGUUCUGAUUAGGGGUAUGCACCUAUGGGUUUUAUUAAAACUUAUCCCUUAUAAAAUACCUCGCUUUCAUUUAAACUCCAUCGUCACUUGACAUCAGGUGAGAUUGUAGUCAAGAGCUAACUUGACACCUAUCGAAUAAAAAAGAACCAUUUUGAUUUGACUAUAAGGUCAACGACUAUAAAGUCGCAUGUUAUAAAUAUGUUUCCACUCGUACUUACGCGUCACGAAAGCUGAAAAUUUGGGUAGUCAAAAUUAAAUCGACAGAUCUAAAAGUAAAUGCUUUCCUUUUCUAUUGAGAAUAUUGUGAAAGAGACAGCAUUAGUUUUAGAUCUAUCAAUUAAAUUCAGUGUCUGCUUGUUUCGCCCCUAAAGCGUAUCUCAGGUCUUUGAAAUCUACUGCUGUAUUUUCAACUUUCGUGUCGCGAACUGUAUUGUUUUGUCUAAGUAGACGUUUUUUGUCAUUUUAGGAAAAAAAAUUAAAAGGAAAAUGGCGGGAGACGGCUAAGAAGACAAAAUUUACAUGUUAGUAAAUAUAACAUAUACGUGGCUGGAAAAUAGAAAAACUGAAGAAAAUACUUAAAUAUGCCAUCUCAAAAUCUCACUUAAAGUUUGAGGGCUCCUUAUGUUACGGUUUUUGGAAAUUUAUUUUGAAAACUUUAAAAGUGUGAGCGUUGAUAUAUUUUUUGGGUUCGGAAAGAAAGCUUCUCUUUUCCAGUGACGUAUA